AUGUGGAGGGAUUUGGCGACAGACAUCCCCGAGGAAUGGACCAAUGCCACUCAUUCCUGUCAAGAGCAGAAUCCUUCCUACGAGCAGUAUAUCUGGACCGAUGCAACGGCGUACCAGUUUAUGAGAACCCACUUUGCAUGGUUUCUUCAGACUUAUACCGAGCAUCUACUGCCAGUGCAACGAGUCGAUGCUUUGCGAUACUUCCUGCUUUGGCAUUAUGGAGGCAUUUAUCUAGAUCCAGAGAUUGGUUGCCAACGGCCGCUGGAGCCACUUUGGAAUGAAACCAGUGCACUUUUGCCCCAAGCAUGGCCAUACGGGGUGAGCCAAAAGCUGGUGGCCAGCAAGCCGAAUCAUCCUUUCGUUAUGAAAGUCGUACUCGUGAUUCACGAAUACCACCGGUCUGUUCUGCCAGACAUCGUGCUAGCCAUGCUGAAUACAGGCUCCAUUCACGUUAGCCGAGUCCUUGGCACGUGGUUUGGCUCUAUGAGAGGGAGUCCCGGAAUUGCCAUUUUACCAUCUGAUGUUUUUGUUGGUAAAGAGGACGCCUUCUUCAUGCUUUACGGCAGAUCAGUUCCGCUUGGCGAUCAGUUUACCAUCUCAGAGCAUGUGUUGGAAAAUUGGAUUGGGUGGUGUGGAGUGAUAGUAUCGUUCAGUGUGAUGGCUUUUGUGAUCUUGGGUGUUCAAACGAGCCCCAAGGGUGGCGGUGAUCAGUCACGUACCGUCCUUACUGUAUGA